GAGCUGCAUGGCCUGGAUGUGAAUAACGUCCGAGGAGGGGAGUCUGCCCUGAUGGUUUAUGACAGGAGGGCUUACAUAAGGUGGUUAUAUAAGGGCCAACAAAGCGGCGGGAGCCCGCUCGUUACUGUAAAUGAAGUCCGGAAUCAGCCCGGCCUUGGUGUGCCCGGGUCUUUGGUGCUGGUCUGGUAGAGAUGGGUGGGAGGGGUUCCAGGCCCCCCGCCCAGGCUCCCCAGGGGACGCCAGCGCAGAGAAACCGGCCGGGGCUGAGGCGGUGCGAGGGCUCGGCCUGGAGACCGAUGUCAAAAGCACCGACACUGGAGACCUGGGAAGGGGUGGAAGCGGACCGAGCCAGGCCGGUGGUUUGUAGACUUGGGGGGAGAUUAGGAAACGGCGAGCGCUCUCCCUGGACCCAGUGUCUUCCCACUGGCUACUUUCCCAGCUUGGGUUGCCCGGGAUGAACAACGAGCGGUGUUUGUAUCCGGGGCUUCUUGCACCCCACAGUUGAGCAGCCCGGUGGUUGGGUUUCGCCCCGGGCCUGGGCCAGAACCUUACCGGUACCUUCCUUCUGAGGCACCUGCAUUUCCGACACCUACCUUUGCUUCUCUUUUGAAUCUUCCUCCUAAAGCGUUGAAUCAUUUCUGAGGAAUGUCUUCUCUCUGCCUGUCAGAUUAGAAACAGAAUCAGAAAUAGAAAUAGAAUUAGAAAUAAUCAGCAGCUUUAAGGAUCCCUUCUCUUUUUCAGAAGUGCAGUUGAGAGCUAAGGAGGAAAAAGGGUAAGAUAGAAGCAGGCAUAAGAGAAGGGCUAGCAAAUGAAGAUUACUGUGAUUUGCCAUAUUUUCCUCCCUUCUGAAAUUAAACUCUUGAUCUGAUCCUGCCCUCAGCCAGACUCUCCUUACUUCCUGCCCUGGCCAGUGCAUCUUCAGGUUUACUUGAGUAUAACAGAAAGUCUGUCUUCUAGAAACCAUGUUGUAUUUGUCCUAGGAGAACAGCAUAUUCAGCCACUCAGAAAACAGGUUGGAAAAACAGGGAAAGGUACUGAUUUUCCCAGGACAAACUGAAAUAGUGCCUGGGCAGCUAGUCGGUCUUCAGGGCCACUCAAAUCUGGAGGCCUGAAGGCCGCAUUUCCACAGCUGUGCCUCCAGUUGUUGGGGAAGGAACUGAGAGGAAAUACGGCAUUGAGUGAACUACUGUGGCGUGAACUCCCACCACCCAGAGCAAAAAUCCUAACUCUCAAGAUUGGAAAUUAAUCCUCACACAUACCUGUGUCCAGAAAGAAGAAAUGGCAUUACGGCACUAUGGAGGAUAAACGCAACAUCCCAAUCAUUGAGUGGGAACAUCUGGACAAGAAGAAGUUCUAUGUCUUUGGUUUGGCGAUGACCAUGAUGAUCCGAAUCAGCGUCUACCCCUUCGCCCUCAUCCGCACACGGCUCCAGAUACAGAAGGGCAAGAGCCUCUAUCAAGGAACCUUUGAUGCCUUUGUGAAGAUUCUGCGGACAGAUGGGGUGUUGGGCCUCUAUCGGGGCUUCUUGGUCAACACACUCACCCUGGUCUCUGGCCAGUGCUAUGUUACCACCUAUGAGCUCACCCGAAGGUUUGUGUCGAAGUACAGCCAGAGCAACACAGUGAAGUCACUAGUGGCUGGUAGCUCAGCCUCAUUGGUGGCCCAGAGCAUAACAGUGCCCAUUGAUGUGGUCUCCCAGCACCUGAUGAUGCAGCGCAAGGGCGAGACCAUGGGCCGCUUCCAGGUGUAUCGGUGUACAGAGGGCCGGGGGAUAGUGGCCUUUGGCCAAACCAAGUAUAUCAUUCAGCAGAUCCUGCGAGCUGAUGGAGUACGGGGCUUCUACCGAGGUUAUGUGGCUUCUCUACUCACCUACAUACCCAAUAGUGCUUUAUGGUGGCCCUUCUACCACUUUUAUGCAGAGCAGCUCUCCCAUAUCUGUCCUAAGGACUGCCCCCACAUAAUCUUCCAAGCCAUUUCUGGGCCCCUGGCUGCAGCCACCGCCUCCGUCAUCACCAACCCAAUGGACAUCGUCCGAGCCAGAGUACAGGUGGAGGGCAAGAGCUCAAUCAUCUUGACUUUCAAGCAGCUGUUGGCAGAGGAGGGGCCCUGGGGCUUCAUGAAAGGUCUCUCUGCCAGGAUCAUUGCAGCCACACCCUCCACCAUGGUCGUAGUGAUAGGCUAUGAGAGUCUUAAGAAGUUCAGUCUUAGGCCAGAACUGGUGGACUCCGGACACUGGUAAUGAGUGGUGGGGAGAGGAGCCUGCCAUGCCCUGAAGAGAGGGACGGAGAGAAAGCGGACAACACCCUCCACUGGCCAUGCACACAGUCCUCAGCUGGACUGGCUGCCUGGAAAAGGGACACCAAGCUGCUCUAGUUGAAUAGGCUUUGAGCUUGGAUCUCCAGCUCUGCUGUUUUUAAUUCUCUGGCCAAACUGAACCCCCUCAUCCAGGCUUCCUUUUCUGAUCCUUAGCCAAUUCCUUUUUAAAAAGGGACUAGUUAAGGACCUUUCUCAGCUUUCUUCCAUCACCAUCCUUAGGCUGUACAUAGGUUGCUUUUCACUCUUCUUUCCCCUUUGACUGCUUUUCCAGCCUUUAAGGGACCACGGUCAUCUCUUGCCCUGGCCCCCUUUCCUAAGCCAGUUGAUUCUUAAUUCUUUUAGGAUGGCGCUGCCAAAAAUCUGUAAUAUCUUUCCCUCCACCAUUGGGGGAGUGCCCGUCUCACUAAGGAGGGAGCAGCAGAGAACCUCUAGUUGUCUGGAAAAUUCUUCCCUCUUUCUCUGGGGAAGUUGAUAGUUUGGGAUGAGAGAAUGGGAAGAAAAUCUCUAUGGAUUAAUUUUAUUUUUGUUAAAAAUUUGUGAACCAGCCUGUUGUUUUUUAAGUCUGCUAGAACACCAUUCCUGCAGCUAGAUCCCAUAUCUGCCAUAGCAGUUGGAAUGUGUAAUUUUUACCUCACCUGUGGCUCCUUAUGCUCUUUGGAUUCCCUUAGUUCGGUCCCCAAUAGGUCUUAGGCAAUAUCUUUGACUACUGGUUCUUCCCCCAGCCUCCCAAAUAUUUUUUGUAAUGGGCAUUAUGCCUGCAUAACUGAACAGGCCUAAAGUAGCACCUUGAAAAGUUAGAUUGAUCAUGUAGAUUGAAAACAGAGAAGAAGCUUGCUGAGACAAAGGAGGGGAAAGCCUGUCAUGGCAGGUCACAUUCAGCUCUGAACAUCUCCAGCCAUCAAUAUAUUUCUUCCAUCAGUGAUUCGAUCUGUCUCCCAUUGACAUGUCAGCUGAAGGAUAGGAAGCUUUACAAAGUAUUGAGCUGAUAUAUUCUCUUACCCUGUAAUAUUAAAAGUUAGCACAGACACUAAAUCUAAAAGUAUGAUAAUGGUAGUGGGGAGCAGGAAAGGGUUCUCAAAAGAGGAAAGGGUGCAUCUUUCCUUUGUCUCCAUACACAGCCAUUUCACCAUUUUACCAGCAUGAUACUGCCAAGAUUUCCUAUUGAAACCCUUCAAAAACCUGGGAAAUUGAACCACUUCAUUUCCCAUUGCAACUCACACAUAGUGAAUGAUAAUUAGAUUCAACCUUGCUGAUUUUCCAGUGGGGCUACUGAGUUGGUUCCUGGCAUGGUUGCUUUGUGUAGGACCUCUUGCUUCUCCCCACCCAGGAAAGGCUAGGAUGCCUUUCUACUGAAGGGUGCUAGCUUCACAACAACUUUGAUAUUUGUCCUCUUUUCCUUCCCCCCCCCCCCCCCCCCCCACCCAGGUAGCCUGGAAACAACAUCUAUUUAUGUUUAACUUUUCUGUGCAUCACUUCUGGUUUCAAUAUCCAUGGCUGUGUCGUCUUCACAAAUUUGUCUUGUUCAUGUCAGUCUCUCUUGUCCCUCCCUCUUCGAUGCUUUGUUGAGGGCUUUCUUCUCCUGCUCUUUACUCCAUCUUUGAAACACCCCCUCCCCCCAUUCUGACCCGUACGACCCUUAGGCUUGGAAUGACCCUCACAAUGGAAACAGAAUUGCUCCGUGUUCUUUACCAUCAGUAUAAAGCCCUUGCAGGCCUCUGUCCCGCAAAGACUGAUUUCAGGCCCCUUACUCUGUGUAGCUGAGCAGAAAUGCCCUGGGAACAUAAGAGGUGCUCCCGCUGCCCUCACACCUCUCUUGUGCAUCCCUCCCUACAAGCGCCUUGUGUCUUGCUGUUUUUUUGUCCCCUCCCCUCACUUCCCCUUGUCCCACACUGCUGUUCCUGACUGAGACCCGGAGCCCGGCAGUGGCAGGCGAGAAAAGGACUUUAUGUCCUCCGGGGUAGCAUGGGGAAGGCCGGAAUGUGUGGGGGGUGACUCGGUCUGUUCGAGCGAAGUUCUCGAGGGAGGAGGGCCGAGAACCGCGUGGCCCUGUUGUGAGGGGCUGGGCCGAGAAGACGCAGCAGUACUCAGACAGCUGCUCUUUGACCAUUUAAUACUGAGUGAUACGUAAUGUGACUAUUCAAAACAGGUUUCACUGUUGCACUGUAAGAAGUCUUUGUCGUAAAAUUAAACAUUUUUAUUGUUUGA